AUGACAAAUUUGGAGCGGCAAAUGGGAAAACUUGCUAGUGCCCAAAAUACUCGACCAGUUGGAGCCCUUCCAAGCGACACUGAGGCUAAUCCUAAGGAAUCUAUUAAUGCUGUAUCAUUGAGGAAUGGGAGACAUUUAGAAGAAGUCCGGUCGAAAAAGAGAAAACAAGUGAACUUUAAUGAAAAGUCGGCCACUAUAGAGUCAGAAUCAGAAAAAUCAAAGGAGUUGGAGAAGCCAGCUGAAGAGGCAGACAUAGUAGCAAAUAAAAGGAGGUUGACCGAUUUCAAGACUGUGGCACUCACUGAGGAAUGUAGCUCAAGAAUUCAAAGCAAGCUACCUCAGAAAUUGAAGGAUCUGGAUAGUUUCACUAUCCAAAUCUCGAUUGAUAAGCAUGUAUUCGGGCGAGCUUUAUCUGAUCUUGGAGCGAGCAUCAAUUUGAUGCCGCUAUCUAUGUUCAGGCAGUUGGGUUUGGGUGAGUCGCGCCCAACAACGGUAAUCUUACAAUUGGAUGAUCGCUCUCUUGCUCAUCCUGAAGGACUGAUUGAAGAUGUGUUAGUUCAAGUGGCUUCUUUCAUAUUCUUAUCUUUGCCUACGAGCCUGAUCAUGUUGGGGCGCCCAUUCUAA